AUGGUAUACGGGAUGAAUAUGAAAUCGACACAAGGGAUUUUCAGAUGGACCUUCUUUGUAAUCUUAUAUCUUGCUGAAACAUACGGAUACACUGUUACAUAUGAAUUUGGAAAGGACUGUUCCGUAUUCUUGGAGGAUCUGGACGAGAAUCGUCAAGUUUAUGUUGAGUACAAUGGGGGUUACGUUGGUAUCUUCUGCAAUGACAUAUCGUUUAAUGGAAAAGGAGAUGAAAUAAUGGAUGAAUAUGAAGUGUGUGUUACACCUCAGUACUUUGAGGAUCCGGACUGUGCCAUAGAAUUAGAAUAUAAAGCAAGUGUUACUGGCGGCACCUUACGGAGUGUAACUUGUGCCUCAAAUUACAACGAGAAAUUGUGUGGUGCUCGUGAGAAAUCUAUGUUCAUAUAUUUGGAGAAACGAAAUGGAAAAGACACAUCACAUGCCAGAUUUAAGCUACUCGUCACAGCCAAUAAGGUUUUUGAUUAUGGGAGUACCGUUGGAGCUGUCAUCGGCGGUUUGAUUGGGGGCAUUGCUUUUAUCGCCUGUGUGGCAGCUGUGGUGUGUCACUUUGUGUGCAAGAGAAAGGCAACGCAAGGACAAAUAUUAGGCCCGAGUCCAACAGUUCAAACUCCAAUGCUAAACCAACAAGCAUAUCCAUAUACACCAACCAAUUAUCAACAGCCUUCCAUGAAUACAAAUCCAUAUCCGAUAACGAAUUAUUCAACACCAUAUUCAGCGGAAUACAAUAUGCAAUCCCAACCUCAACCAGAGCAGCGAGAACCAGAGCAGCGAGAACCAGAACAGCGAGAACCAGAGCAGCGAGAACCAGAACAGCGAGAACCAGAGCAGCGAGAACCAGAACAGCGAGAACCAGAGCAGCGAGAACCAGAACAGCGAGAGCAGCGAGAACCAGAACAGCGAGAGCAGCGAGAACCAGAACAGCGAGAACCAGAGCAGCCGGACGUUAGACAACAGGCAAAUAUUCAAGCUUCAGACAAGCCUCCUAGUUAUGAUGACGUGAUGGGAUAAAUUCAUUCUCUGUGUUAAAUCAAAGUUUAUUUUCAAUGCUAUUGGAGAGCGUAAGAUGAAGAUGUUUGCUGCUUGCAUCCAAUUGAAAUUGUUGCAGCUCUGCUUUGUUUAUAUAUAUAUAUAUAUAUAUAUAUAUAUAUAUAUAUAUAUAUAUAUUUGUGUGUGUGUGAGGUUUUAAUCCGUGUUUUAUUUUUUGGGUGGUAUUCCUUUAAUUUACAUAUUCAUGAGGUUCAACCUAGUGUUUUAUACUGUUUCGUGGGAUUUCCAUGUCCUCCCUAUUUUUCCAAUUUAUCAUUUCCAUAUUUACACACGUGUUCAUGCACAUGACAUGUUGUUUUAUUUCAAUCAUAAGAUCUUUUAUGGAUCCCAUCAAUGACUGGUAUUGUACUUCCUAUAUUGGUGCUUCUUAGAAAUACCAUGAAUUCAAUAUUUUAAAUCAUUUCAAUAUGGUUAUGUAUUAUUACUGUGAUAUAUGUCAUGCAAGCCAUUAAUGCAUAUGCAUACAUUGUAUGCUAUUGUUGAUCCGUACCUACAUGUAUAAGACUAUGACUCUGGUGCUAAAGAUGCGCUUAACAUAAACUAUUUAAAACCAAUAUUGAAGUAUAAGUUCAUUUCUUAAGCAAUGGCAUUGUCUAAAUUUCAAAGCUCUCUUGAUAUUGAUUUCAUUGAUCGUUGUAUCGUAAUGUAUAAAAUACGUCAUACCU